AGGAAUGUACUCAAACUGUUUAAAUAGCAGUAGUAUAGGUGGGAUAAGUCAGUAGAAUAAGUCAAAUCACCGGAAUAAACCCCGGAGAGGAGCUCAAACAGACUUUGAAAUUAUCUUCUGAGAACUGAGGAGCAUCUACAGGAGCUAAAGAGGAGAAACGGGAAAAAAGACAGAGGAAGGGACUUUUUCUACUUUUUAAAACCCAUUCAAAGAGGGAAUUUUCUUUUUAAAGGUUGGUAAACCACUUUUUUAUUAAUAUUUAUAGCGACUUAUAUCUUAAAUGUGUUCCCUAACAGUGUGUUUGUUGUUUUUUGGCUGCAUUAGGGAUCACUUGAGAUUUCAAGAUGAUGCUGUGUGGCAUCUUUUUGCUGUUGAUGCUUUGGAGUUGUGAAGGCGCAAGGUUGGCAGGUGAGAUUGAAAUGAUGUCUGUUGAUAUUGAAAUGUCAAAAAUGUUUUGUUGUUGUAUAUGUUGGAAUUUUUAUGCAGGCGUUUUUAUGUGCUUACUUUGGUGUUUUUCUUCGGGGUGUUUCUGACUUUUCGUGCGUUUUUACGCACUCUGUCAUUACGGCAGCACGAGAACUGAGCGAGCUUUUGUCUUUCUUUCCUCUGACCGCAGAAAGUCGAGAUGAUAACAGUGUGUUUGACUUGUUCGAUCUGGCCCGGGUAAGCAAGAGACAUAAUGGAGUGAGUCUGGUCAAAGGCGCAGAUCCUUACAGCCCCGCAUAUAAAGUCCUGAACGCAGACCUGAUCCCCCCGGUCCCCGAGAGCGCCCUCAGGGACCUCCUCGACUCCAUCCAGGCUGAGAGGGGCUUCCUCCUGCUCGUCAACCUGAAGCAGUUCAAGAAAACCAGGGGCAGCCUCUUGACCAUUGAGAAGAAUGACGGAUCCGGACCCAUUUUCGAGAUCAUUUCCAAUGGGCAGACGAACACGCUGGAUGUCUUCUUCUCCACCGCGAACCAGCAGCAGCACGUGCCCAUCGAAGAUGCAGAUUUGGCCACCGGACACUGGAAGAACAUCACGCUGUUCGUUCAGGAUGACAGAGUGCAGCUCUACGUGGGAUGUGAGGAGAUCAAUGUGUCAGAGCUGGACGUGCCAAUCCAGAGGGUGCUGUCUCAGGAGGUGGCUGACAUUGCCAAGCUCAGGAUUGGAAAGGGGGCUGCCAAGGAAAAAUUCAUGGUAAGCAAAGAAUGAAAAAGAAAUCUUGUAUGAAAAGAAAAUAUUUCUGCCUCACAAUGUAAAAAAAAAAAAAAAAGAAAAAAAAAACUUAUUGUUGUCAUUUCUUGUCUUUUAGGGAGUGCUCCAGAAUGUGCGCUUUGUUUUUGGGACAACUCUUGAAGCCAUCCUGAGAAAUAAAGGAUGCCAGAGUGGGGGUAUGUAUAAAAAAUAUAAUAUAUUACCAUGCUCAGAUAAAUAUACAUAAUAUAUAUAGAGAGAAAUUGUAUCGGGCUGAGAAUCCUAAUCUGGUGAAAAGUGUAGUAGUGUGAAUGAGGGGGAAAAAAUGCAUCGUCUACUUCAGUGAACAGAAAUUCAUUUGUCUCCUCUUCUCCCCUGCAGCUGCCCUAACUGAUGUCAUGACCCUGGACAACCCAGUCAACGGCUCCAGCCCUGCCAUUAGGACUGAUUACACUGGCCACAAAGCCAAAGGUGAGACCUCUCCUCCCCAAACACACAAGUGAUGACUCUGUUCUGCUGCUCAGCUAUAAACUUAAUAGGUUAACUAAUUUAUUGGACUCUCCUUUCCUCCACUCAGACCUGCAGACUGUCUGUGGCUUCUCUUGCGAAGACAUCGCCGGCAUGUUUAAGGAGCUCAGAGGUCUCGGGGUGGUCGUUAAACAACUGUCAAAUGAGCUCCGCAAAGUGGUAAGCUCCAGGGGCCAUCAAGGUCUGAUCUUAUUGUCACUGUCAUUCACCCCCUUUUCUCCUGCCCUCUCCCUCUUUCCCUCUGCAUUCUCAGUGCUGCCACUUGUCGCUGGAAUUGCAAUUACUGGCCAAGUCCUUAAUGAGUCCCAUGUGAAUACACAAAUAUGUUUGGCUGUCGGUCACAUUUGCACUGCUUCGCUAGAGUCAAGCAAUGUCUUAAUCAUGGUGUCAGUCAGUGAUUCAUUUGUACUGGAACUUUGGCAAAGUGAGACUUUUCCAUCCUCCAUCCUGAAAAACUCCAUUCACACACUCUUUCUCUUUUUUUUCUCCAGUCUGAGGACAGUGCCCUGCUGAAAAAUCACAUGAACAUCUACAGCGGCAUUUGCAUCCACAAUGGCAUGGUGCACAACGACAAAGAUGAAUGGACUGUCGACGGCUGCACUGAGUGCACCUGCCAAGUAAGUGCAAUCACACCUCCUAGGGUGCAACCUUUGAACCUAAAACAGCAAUAAGCUUAAGAAAGAUGCAGAGGUGCUUCCUAUAUCCUCGCUUUACUCAGUGAUAAAAGUGUUGAAAAUUUGGAGCUGUUGUCUUACAGCCAUCAACAUGCCCUCAGCAUGGGACCUUUUCCCCACCAGCAACAACUUAUGAAAGUUGUUUACAUGUUGUGUAAUUAGUUAGGUUUUAGUGGGAGACUGUGAAGAUAAGUUCUCCUAUCAACACUUCAGGAGUGUAAUAUCCCUGAUAAAGAUCUCUCCAUUGGGAAUUAUAGCAAUUAGACUUGGAGCAGAACCAGAAACCAGUCAGUCAGCUCGCUCAUUAUUCUUGUACUAAUUUGACUGCUCCUUUAUCCAGAACUCUGCCACCGUGUGUCGCAAAAUCUCCUGCCCUCUGAUCCCAUGUGCAAAUGCCACUGUGCCCGAUGGGGAGUGCUGCCCUCGCUGUGGAACACGUAAGCUCCUUUUUUCUUUUAAAACUUCCUGCCCUUUUUAUGUGAUUUCCUUUACUUGUUUCUCAAUAGUUUCCCCCCUGGGAUAACAUCCCUCAUUCUCUGCUUCUUCCGUCCUACAGCGAGUGACUUUGCUGAAGAUGGCUGGUCCCCUUGGUCUGAAUGGACCCCUUGUUCAGUGACAUGCGGCCGUGGCAUCCAGCAGCGUGGACGCUCCUGUGACCGCAUCAACAGCAACUGUGAGGGCACCUCUGUCCAGACCCGUGACUGCUACCCGCAGGAAUGUGACAAGCGCUGUAAGUCACUCAGAUUUCCUCACACAGCCAUUGUGAUAAUAAAUAUUCUCAGUUUGAAUGAUUCAUAAAUUAAUUGUGCAUGUGUUGCUCACAGUCAAACAGGAUGGUGGUUGGAGCCACUGGUCUCCAUGGUCUUCAUGCUCUGUGACCUGUGGUGAAGGGGUCAUCACCCGGAUACGCCUCUGCAACUCUCCAACUCCACAGAUGGGUGGCCGGGACUGUCAGGGAGAAGGACGUCAAACUGAAAUCUGCCAAAAGUCACCCUGUCCUAGUGAGUCGCUUCAGCAGCAGAGUAUGAAUGCUUUGAUGAGAGUGUUAUAAAUCAAUGCAGCAUACUGAAUAAUAUUUUUCUGAUGUAUUUCAGUCAACGGAGGUUGGGGACCCUGGUCACCAUGGGACAGCUGCACAGUUACUUGUGGUGGAGGAAUCCAGACCCGCAAACGUCUCUGCUCAGACCCUGUGCCCAAAUAUGGAGGAAAGGAUUGUGUUGGUGAUGCUACUGUGUCUCAAGUGUGCAACAAGCAGGACUGUCCUAUUGGUAAGUAAUGAAAAUUUUUAAAAAUAUUAGAGCAACAGUCAACAAGAGAUCCCUUUUUUGAAGUAAUGUUUAUUUUUCCCUGCAGAUGGUUGUCUCUCCAACCCCUGCUUCCCUGGCGCCAGAUGCACCAGCUUCCCCGAUGGCUCAUUCAAGUGUGGCAAGUGUCCACUUGGAUACAGAGGAAACGGCAUCAUUUGCAAAGACAUUGAUGAGUGUGUGGAGGUUCCUGAUGCUUGCCAUACACAUAAUGGAGCCCAUCGUUGUGAGAACACAGAGCCUGGUUACAACUGUCUGCCUUGCCCUGCACGUUUCUCUGGUCCUCAGCCCUUUGGAAGAGGAGUCGAACAGGCAACUGCCAAAAAACAGGUUUGAGUUAUUACGUACUUUUUCGCUUGUGGCAAGUAGGCGUGUUGCUUGCAGUCUUUUUAAUUCUCUGUAAUUUUCUUCUAGGUUUGCAAACCCCGUAACCCUUGCCAGGAUGGUAGCCACGACUGCCAUAAGAAUGCAAACUGCAUCUAUCUGGGCGUGUACUCUGAGUCAAUGUUCCGCUGUGAGUGCAGGCCAGGCUAUGCUGGGAAUGGACGCAUUUGUGGAGAAGACAGUGAUCUGGAUGGAUGGCCAAACACCAACCUGGUUUGUGUGGAGAACGCCACCUACCACUGCAAAAAGGUAGCCAGACCCCACAUGGACACAACUCCAAAGACUAUUAUUACCCGUCUUGACUCCAUUAUUGUUAUGAUUGCCUUCUUAACCACUCUUUUGUUCCCCUCCACAGGAUAACUGCCCGAACCUUCCCAACUCUGGCCAAGAAGAUCAUGACAAAGAUGGCCUUGGUGAUGAAUGUGACAAUGAUGAUGACAACGAUGGGAUCCCGGAUGAUAGGGUGAGUCAUCACAGCAUUUUAUUUUUGUUCCAAGCUGGGCUUUACCUCAGAAACCAGACAUAGCAAUCAGAAGUAGCCAUCCUUCCUUUGGGCAUAAGGAAUGUCAGGUCUCCAUGUUUGUGUGAUUCCACCAGACAGUCAGUGUGGAAAGCAAGUAGCAAAGGAACACUCAUUUGAUUCCAAAAUAAGUCCGAUUUGAGGGCAAGGUGGCUUGCUGCCCAUAAAUCUUCGAGUGGAUUUUGGAAAGUUGGGGAAGAAAAAUGUUGUGGUCAAAAUAACCAGCUUGCUUCCAGUGGAACAUCACAUUCCAGCAAAAGCUAGAGAGGGAAAAAAUCCUUUAACAGCAGGGCUUUGUUCCUAUAAAUAUCUCUGCUUUGAGUAAUAUCCCAUUUCAGAAAUAUAACCCUGCUUAUGAACUUGUUUUAAAUUUUAGGACAACUGUCCAAGAGUGUACAACCCUGCCCAGUAUGACGCAGACAGGGAUGACGUUGGCGACAGCUGUGAUAACUGUGUGUUUGAAGAGAACACUGACCAAACUGAUACCGACAACAAUGGAGAGGGUGACGCCUGUGCGGUGGACAUCGAUGGUGAUGGUGAGUGAUUUCUAAUAAUCCCAUACCAUUUUUCUCUAAUGCCUCUUCUAAGCCCUAAAAUGACUACCCUGGCCCCCGCAACUAAGCUUAGUAUUUUCUACUCCAACAGGAAUCCUGAAUGAGAAUGACAACUGUCCAUACGUCUACAAUGUGGACCAGAGAGAUACUGACAGGGAUGGAGUCGGAGACCAUUGUGACAACUGCCCUCUGGAGCACAAUCCUGAUCAGGUAAAUUUGGAUCUCAUUCCUCUUGCCUGCAUUCAAACAGAUCCUCUCAAAUUGAGGUUGGUGAAGAACAGCCUUUAGUCUUUAGGAAGUCUCAUCAAACAGGAAUUCUGUUCUCCUGCAGGUUGACUCAGACUCAGAUCGCAUCGGAGACAAGUGUGACAACAACCAAGAUAUUGAUGAAGAUGGUCACCAGAACAACUUGGACAACUGCCCCUACAUUCCUAACGCCAACCAGGCAGACCAUGACAAAGAUGGCAAGGGUGAUGCCUGCGACCAUGACGAUGACAAUGAUGGCAUUCCUGAUGACAAAGACAACUGCAGAUUGGCCUUUAACCCAGAUCAGCUUGACUCUGAUGGUAAGUUGGAUAUCUUGUGUUGUCUUGUUUUGUUGCUCUUUGUCCAUGGUUUCCAUUUUUGAGAUUUUCAUGUCUGUAUUUCUCUUCUCAGGUGAUGGACGUGGCGAUGUGUGCAAAGACGAUUUUGACCAAGACAAUGUCCUGGACAUCUAUGACGUAUGCCCUGAGAACUUUGACAUCAGUGAAACAGAUUUCCGCAGAUUCCAAAUGGUUCCUCUGGACCCCAAGGGUACCUCCCAGAUUGACCCCAACUGGGUGGUCCGGCAUCAGGGCAAGGAGCUGGUGCAGACUGUCAACUGCGAUCCUGGCAUUGCUGUUGGUACGUCAUGUCCAAAACAGAGUCACACAGCAAGUAUACAGAAACAAAGCGAGAGCAGAACAUAUUCUUAACCACUUUUUUCCACUUUCAGGUUUCGAUGAGUUCAGCGCAGUUGAUUUCAGUGGAACAUUCUUCAUUAACACAGACAGAGAUGAUGACUAUGCUGGAUUUGUAUUUGGCUACCAGUCCAGCUCACGCUUCUACACAGUCAUGUGGAAACAGAUCACACAAACUUACUGGUCUCACACACCCACAAGAGCUCAAGGCUACUCUGGCCUGUCAAUCAAAGUGGUCAACUCCACUACUGGGCCUGGUGAGCAUCUGAGGAAUGCCCUGUGGCACACUGGAGACACCCCUGGACAGGUGAGAAGAAAUUCAUUAACUUGAGAUCUGAACAUUAAUGAGAUGCAAUAUUUGGUAAUUUUCUUACCCUAACCUUCAUAUUUGAUCUUUUUUUUUUUAGGUGCGCACUCUGUGGCACGACCCAAAGAACAUUGGCUGGAAGGACUUCACUGCCUACAGAUGGCAUCUGACUCACAGACCUAAGACUGGACUUAUUAGGUGAGUUUACAACCUACAAAUCAACCAAUUUGAUAUACUCCCUUUCUUCUAAUCAAAACAUUAAGAAAAUGAACUAAUGCAAAUGCGCUGUCUUUUUCAGAGUGGUCAUGUAUGAAGGCAAGAGAAUCAUGGCUGAUUCUGGAAACAUCUACGACAAGACAUAUGCUGGUGGACGACUAGGCUUGUACGUCUUCUCUCAGGAAAUGGUUUACUUCUCAGACCUCAAAUACGAAUGCAGAGGUAAGCUCAUUGGUGAUGAUUUAGGAUUUCAGACAGAAUGGUCUUAACAUGCCAGAAUAAAAUUAUAACAAGUGUUUCUUCAAUUCUUUCAGAUACAUAAUUGGACCACUGAGACUUCCAGUCAGGAUCAGCCUGUCAGUAUGAGUAUUUAAUACAAGACCUGGAUCAAUAUCUCUUUAACUUCUUCUUUUGAAAACUGCACAUUUGGAGGAAUGACGAGCAAGUGAGCGAGCAUGAGGAGAUCUGACCUCUGGACUCAGAGCCAAAUGAAAGUUUAGUGAUGAUUCUGCACCACUGCACCAAACUCAAAUAGUGAGCGCAGCUCUGCUCAGAAGAAAUUGGCCCCCUCACUCUGUUGGUCUGAUCUGCAUUGGAAGGGGGCCAUAUUUCAUCGCUUUGCACACCAGAACUGUUGUCGGUUUUCCUCUGUGGAUGAGGGACCAAAGGAGAGAGUGUUCCAUGAUGUUAAUUAUUUUUUUUAAUUCUGUUUUUGAGCAUUACUAUACAUCUGCUGUGGACUCAAAGAUACUUGUGUAAGCAUGAAGAUGGCAGUGGGAAGACUUUCAUAGACUGGGGUUAUGAUACCCAUUGAAGGAACUGUUGAGGGACCACGGACAGUAUGGACUGACUGUUACUAUCAAAGAGAGUGAGUGUUGUUUGUGUGUAUGUGCAUGUGUGCCACCCAACAAGCAUUGUUAAGGAGUUAAACCAGUCAAAAGUUUUAAAUUUGGUUUCUUUGAAAGACUGCCCAUCCUACUUUAAAGCAGACGUGCACAUGCGUGGUCUUGUAUUUAGCCACAGCAUAGGGCUGGCCCGGAAUAUUCAUCUUCUCAGGAAAAAGCACUAGAGGAAAUGAGGAGAGCACAAAAUUCAGGACAGCACAGGGCCCCAAAGCAGAGACACAAAAUACUGCUUUGGAACAGUAAUUAUUGUCAAAUAUUAUGUAAAUAUCUCAGACAGUUUCAAGGGACGAAAAGAACAUGGGCCAGUCUAUUUCCUGCCAUGAGUAAACCUAUGCAAGACUUUAUUCACUUAUUCAUCAUAGAAGCUUUCAUCUCUGCAACUGGCUUACUUAAAAUGUCAGCAACCUAUUACAAACAUCUCAAAUCUGUACCCUUAUGGCAAGAUUUUGCACCAUAUUUGACCUGAAUUGUAAAAACAAUAGGCACCGCAUACAGGAACUCUAAAUAUUUUGCUUCUGCAGUGUGCAUGACUGGUGUGCCUGAGCUUGUGUGUACAUUUCUGACAAGGGAAAAUCAAAAGAAACCCUUUAUGUACAAAUAUUACCUCAUUAAUUCUUUUUGUAUUGAGGCCAGCAAUACACAAGAAUCACUUGUCUGAGCAACAGAGUAUAAAUUGGUUGGCUUCUUCUUCUUCUUCUUUUUUUUUAAUGCGAGACCUUUUUAUCAUUUAUAUGCUGUAUAUAAGAUAUUUUUGUAGCGAAAGAAGCCCAAACAGGAACGUAAAGGAAUUAAAAGAAAUGUUAUCUUGACUUGUUUUGUGCUAAAUGUAUUUCCUGUGCAUUUUUUUUUUUGAUAAAUUAUUGUUUGUUUUAUGUUGAGGUUAUUUCAUUUGUGUAGAUAUAUGCUAUUUAAAUAAUUUAUCUAGAAGCGUAGCCUCAUAUGGAAGCGUUUCUGUCUGUAUAAACUUAUUUGCACACUGACACAAGGAUGUCUUUGUUAUUUUGGUUUUUGUAUGUGUCUUUUUUUAAUUAUUAGUGAAGCUUUUCUAUAAACUUUGUACUAUAGUUUCUACCCAAAGUGCUGUUUAUACUCCUACCUGGUAUUUUGUAAUGUCAAGAGAACAAUAAACACUUAAGGAAAAAAUGUA